AGCAACUGUUGCCCAGUGAGGCAGCGCCAUAGUCACCGUAGUCCUGGCGACUGUAACCCACCAACAACAACCUCUCUCUCCAUCAUUACCACCUCCUCCACCAUCCUCAUCUUCAUCAACUAGUCCACAGCUCAGGCGCCAUGCAGACCCCUGAAGCAGGCGCUGACUCCACCUCCACUGUCCCUCUUCAGACCACUGUGCCUGUCCAGCCUACUGGCUCCACCCAGCAGGUCCCCGUCCAGCAGCAGGCCCAGACUGUUCAACAGGUUCAGCAUGUUUACCCAGCACAGGUGCAGUAUGUCGAGGAAAACAGUGGCGUCUUCACCAAUGGCACCAUAAGAACCUACUCCUACUCAGAGCCACAGCUAUACAGCCAGAACAGUGGAGGGAACUACUUUGACACACAGGGCAGCUCAGCACAGGUGUCCACUGUGGUGACGUCACAUGGCAUGACCAACAAUGGAGGAGGGGGCACUGGAGGAAUGAGCAUGGGUCUGGCGGGGGGUCAGGUAAUCAGCAGCAGUUCUGGGGCUUACCUCAUGGACAGUGCUGGACCCCACCCUGCAACCCAGACCGCACGAGCUUCACCAGCUACUAUUGAAAUGGCGAUUGAGACUCUCCAAAAAUCGGAGGGUUUAUCCAGUCAGAGAAGCUCGCUGCUCAACAGCCAUCUCCAGUGGCUGUUGGACAACUACGAGACAGCAGAGGGAGUAAGUCUGCCACGAUCCACUCUCUACAAUCAUUAUCUGCGCCAUUGCCAGGAGCAGAAAUUGGACCCUGUAAAUGCAGCUUCUUUUGGCAAACUCAUCCGCUCCAUCUUCAUGGGUCUCCGUACAAGACGCCUCGGGACAAGAGGGAACUCCAAAUAUCAUUACUAUGGUAUACGUGUGAAACCAGAUUCCCCACUCAACAGACUCCAAGAAGACAUGCAGUACAUGGCACUCAGACAGCAGCCUGUUCAGCAGAAACAGAGGUUCAAGCCAGUGCAGAAGUUUGAUGGUGGCUCUGGGGAGAAUUACUCAGGUGGAGGGCAGCACCAUCCUGGUGCUGCAGAGCAGACAGUUAUAGCACAGAGCCAGCACCACCAGCAGUUCCUAGAUGCGUCGCGGGCACUCCCCGACUUUGUAGAGCUGGACCUUGGACAGAGCAAUACAGAGAACAUCAGCCUAGAUGAUGUGAAAGCUCUCCAGUCCCUUUACAGAGAGCACUGUGAGGCUAUCCUGGAUGUGGUUGUCAACCUCCAGUUCAGUCUGAUUGAGAAGCUGUGGCAGACAUUCUGGCGUUAUUCUCCCCCUGACACUGUAGAGGGUGCUACUGUCACAGAAAACAGCAGCAUAAGUGAGAUUGAAGCGCGGCUCCCCAAAUCACAGCUAUUGGUGCUGUGCAGAAACGAAACUGUACUCAAGUGGAUGAGCACCUGUGACCAUUUAAUGUACCAGGCCCUUGUGGAGAUCCUUAUUCCUGAUGUCCUGAGACCCAUUCCCAGUGCCUUGACUCAAGCCAUUCGCAAUUUUGCCAAAAGCCUGGAAGGUUGGCUCACCAAUGCCAUGAAUGCCAUUCCACAGAGAAUGAUCCAGACCAAGAUUGCCGCUGUUAGUGCCUUUGCGCAAACAUUGCGCAGAUAUACAUCUCUGAACCACCUGGCUCAGGCGGCACGUGCUGUGUUGCAAAACACAUCACAGAUCAACCAGAUGCUCAGCGAUCUCAAUCGUGUUGACUUUGCCAAUGUACAGGAGCAGGCAUCGUGGGUGUGCCAGUGUGAGGAAGGAAUGGUUCAGCACUUGGAGCAGGACUUCAAGGCCACAUUACAGCAGCAAAGCUCUCUGGAGCAAUGGGCAGCGUGGCUAGACAAUGUGGUCACUCAGGUCCUCAAGCCCUACGAGCACCGGCCCAGCUUCCCCAGGGCAGCUCGACAGUUCCUGCUAAAAUGGUCCUUCUACAGCUCGAUGGUGAUCAGGGACCUGACCCUACGCAGUGCUGCCAGCUUUGGUUCCUUCCACCUGAUUCGACUGCUGUAUGACGAAUACAUGUUUUACCUGGUGGAACAUCGUGUGGCUCAAGCUACUGGAGAGACACCUAUUGGUGUCAUGGGGGAGUUUGACAGUCUCAACACCUUAUCCCUUACUAACAUUGACAAAGAUGAAACAAGUGGGAUGGACAGUGACUUAGAAGAGGACACGGAGGAGUCCGGGGAGCCUCUUGCCAAGCGGGAGAAGUCGGAGCACGAGGUAAUCCAGGUGAUCCAGGUCGGGGCACUAGAAGAUGGGUCCCACCCUGUGGUGGGUGUUGUCCAGCCUGGUGUACUUCACUCUUUGCCGCAGCCCCCACAGGACCACACUGAGCACAUCCUUACCCCCUCUGUUGGUACUCCGACCAUCCGCCACUGCAGCACCACGGGCAACACCUAUGCCUCUGUUUGAGGGUCUGGGGGCACAGCCGACCUUGUCUGGCCUCUUUUUGCCCUGUUACUCUUCGCAUAUCUUUCUCUUUGUAAGUCUUGGUGUUUGUGUCCUUUUUCACACAUUGUCUCUGUUUGCACCAGUGUGGAUGUGCUCUCCUCUUCCAGCCGGGUCAGUGGAGGAGCAAUGAAGUGCUGAUACACUGGCCACGCUGUUCUGUCCUUGUCUUACUGCUUAGAUUCUGGAUGUGCUGUCAUCCGUUAAGUCUGUGCUCGGCAGCUGAUGGAAGGGACCUGAAGGAAAAGGACUAAUUCGACCCGUUAAAUGUUUCCCGUUUCUGCCUCUGUCUGUGUAUGCAGAUGGGUUUUAUCCCGAAGACAAAUUACUACUGAUAACUACUGAUGUCUCAGAGCUCAAAUCCAUGUCACUAGUCCCAGUGGAGCAAAGGCAUUGAUUGACUCAAGACCUUACCUAUUGUACAUAAUAGUUUUGCUAUAAUUUCAAUUAACAUUACAUAAAAAAGAAAUCAUGGUGC